UUUACCAAGAGUAUGUUUUUAAGCAAUUCUUUCUUUUACAUCGCCCUGCACAUAUUAGGUGCUCUUCGACUGGAAGUACUAGCAUAUCCCCAUUCAUCACCAGACGCGAUCGCUGGCUUUGUGGGAAGCAUAGACCGCGAGGCGGAAGAUCACGUAGUGCCUGACAUUGCCUUGGGCCCGGAAGCAGUCAGCGGGUACCAUGCGCAUGGGCGGAACGAGGUUGCCCCUUCGAUGAGUCAAGGUGAAUCUCAUGACAAGCUCAAGAGCUUGGAACAGGAAUGGAGCCAUAUUGCUACACAGCUUGAAUCCAACGUUAAACAUUCGGUAUCAACUGCGGGCUUGGAUGACAUGUUGAAAAACGUUUAUGAGUACUUGCAAUUAAAGAACAUAUGCCAAUCCAGCAUACAAGGAGAAAGCUUCUAA